AUGGACGACACCGCUCUCCACCCGCGAAAGCGCCGCCGCUCGCUCUCCCCGCCACCGCCGCCCAGCGAGUUGCGCGACGCCAAACGGCCGCGCAUCGCUCCCCAUCGCCGCGCUGCCUCUGUCGAGCAUCUCCAUCUCCAUCGCCGGUCGCAUGCCUCUGCCGCCCAUCGCAACGACUCCAGCGUACGACCUGCGUCCGAACCGCCAUCCUCCGUGCAAUACCCGCCGCCGCACCGCCAGUCACCCUCUCCAGCCACCUCCCGCCGCGCUCUCCACCCCACGCUCGAGCAUGCUCCUCAUACCCUUCACAACCACCCGCGAGGAAGACGGCGCAGUCGCCAUGACCUUCAGGCACAUCAUACGUCUGAAUCAGAUGCUGGACACUCUUCCGACCGAUGGCGCACUCCCUCCUCGUCCUCCCCACCACCUGCGACACCAAACCUCGAAACCCAGCGACCGCCUGAUCCAACACCCUGCUCGCCGCAGCACAAUUCAAAAGAGGCAGACCGUGAUACAUCAAGCCCUGCGUUGCACGACACAGGCUCUGGUGAUUCCACCACCAUCUCAGCGCCACGAACUCCGCCCACUCCCAGUGCUAUCCUUCAGCUGGGAGAGUUUGUGGAUUCAGACUUCGGCGACAAGGUGACCCAACGCCUUCAGAUCAAGGAAUGUCUCGUCAGGUUCAGGCAAACCCGGCGAGUGCACAAGUAUGGUCGCGAGGUUGCAGAGGCGUAUCCCCGCGGUCGCACGCCUUCACCUGAGCGAGAGAGGUACCGCAAGGCACAGGAGGAUGCUAUGGCGGCGUAUUGGGAGGAUUUGAGGACAGGCAGUCCGGAUUUUGCUUCGCCAUAA